ACUGUGUCAGUUUGAAAAUGGCGCUUUCGCAGGAGAUGGAAGACCAGCUUUUGAAAAUGCCCUGGAAGCCUUUACAGAUUGAGAACUGUAGCUUUUUGAGUAAAAUAUUUUUCAGUGACUCUGGUUAUGCCUUCCUAAUCUGUGACCUCACUGGCAUGUGGUAUGAAGAAGCAGAUGCCAAUAUCAUACAAGAGAGAUCAAAGGAGCUGAACAAGCGACUGAAAGCCCCAAUUUCUUCAUUUCUGGCCCACUUGUCAAAUCUCAUGUCUACAUUGCUGGAAUCCAAGAGUAAUGGCCCCAGUUGUUUUUCCUGCCGCAAGACAGAGGAAGCAAUGUUUUUACAUGUAAAGAGCCAGCUAUCGGGGCUUCCAUUUUACUGGGACUUCCACUGCAGAGAGGCCAGUGUAAGCAUGGUUUUCCGUCACUUUCUGUGCCCCUUAAUGAGCAUGACAGAGGCGCUUGAACUUCAGGUGCACAAACUGUCUCUCCUGCUUGGCAGGAAGGAUGCGGAGAUCCAGGAGUACCAGGAGAGCGGAGCUGUGCUAAGCCGAGGUCGCUUGAAAACAGAGGUUUUUGAUGAGAUGUCAUUUCACGAGUCUUUCUUGACUGAGAACCUUAAGGAUCCUAGCAACUCCAAGACAAUUAUGUGCUUCAGUGACCGGCUGCAGAUGUUAUACAAAGCUGUAACUACACUCCCAGUGCGGGAUAGUCCUGGUGGUUCAGGUUUAAGUGAGAAUCCUCCUGCAAAUGAGCCUGUUAUAGAAGAUAGUGCAACACGCAGAGAAGAACCCUUACCAACGCAAGAGUCAGCGGUAGAUGUCAGCCAAAACAUAUCCCAAGCGCCUCCAUCUACUGCUUCUUUAUUGACACAGCGCAUCACCAAACCCCAGAAAAAGAAAGCAAAAGGACUAUUUAAAUAAUGCAUGAAGGGCUGGUGACUAGCAUGGACCUCUGCUCUCCUUAAGCUGCCAGUGUGUUGUGGCUUGGGUUAUACAUUCAGCUGUCAGAAGCUUUAUGUGUGGCCCCCAUUGUUUCAUAGAGAGCCACAAACACCCCCCCCCCCCCCCAAACUCUAAAUCCUGAAGGGCACUUUACUGCUCUUUGGACUUUUGCUCAACGCUCUGUAUUUAAAGGGACAUUCUAAGGGAAAGUAUUCAGCUGCUUUAUAGCUACAUUACAAAUAUCUACAUUAGAAAGGCUGCUACUCUUUUUUUAACACUGGGAAUGCCCCCAUUUAUAUUCAAGUGGUGCUGGUCUCAGGUGUAUCGACUGCCUAUGAUUAGUGCAUAUACUCCGUGCACUCAUCUGAAUGGAAGGCGAGCCAGGAAUACGUAUGCACACACUAAUCUCAGACAUUCCUAGAUCUUCAGUAGUUGUUUCUAACACAACUUAUAUUGUAAGGGAUACUACACAGUUAGAUUGUCCUUUUAAACACAUUUCUAUUUAUCCAAUAAUAGAGUUAAAAAUAUAUAGUAAGGCCCUUUACAGACUUAUGGGCCUAAAAUGUGUGUGGUUCUCUAUCGCUUAUCUCAAAUUGCAAAAAAAUUGGAAAUGAUCUGCUAAUAUGAAGAAGUUAAGUUUAAGUGCAUUUAAAUAGCGGUAUGUAUGAGAGGGAAGGUGCUUGCUCUAUAGAAUUAUGUAACCAGCUAUAAGCUUGAUCAUUUGUAUAUUCAUUUUCAUCAUAUUUUCUAAUUUUAUAAUGAAUAUAUUGGAUCACUGUACUGUGUUGUUUUUAAUAAUAAAAGGGCACAGGUUUAAAUUUUAAAGCUUUAAAAAAAAUGUAACCUUUUAAGAUGUUUCUAACAGUUAUCUUUUCAAUAAACAAGUUAUUAGUUUGUAAAA